AUGUCAGACCGGCAUAUCUUCACGUCCUCCGAGGGGCUUGUCGACAAGUCUCUGAGGGGUUUCAUCUCAUACAACCCCUCACUCGGUCUCGACCAAACCAACCGCGUAGUCUUCGACACCACAUACGACAAGUCAAAGAUCAGCAUCAUCUCCGGUGGAGGCUCAGGCCAUGAACCGGCAUGGGCUGGCUACGUGGGCAAAAACCUACUGGCCGCCUCCGUAUCGGGUGACAUAUUCGCCAGUCCUUCCGCAAAGCAAAUCUCAGCGGCCAUUGAGCGCGUGCCAUCAGACGUCGGCACCAUCCUAGUCAUCACCAACUACACGGGCGAUUGCCUUCACUUCGGACUUGCAGCCGAAAAGGCACGAAGCCGCGGCCACAACUGCCGCAUGAUCAUCUGUGGCGACGAUGUCUCGGUCGGUAAGAAGAGCGGCGGCCUGGUCGGUCGGAGAGGUCUUGCUGGACAAAUUGGUGUUCUCAAAAUCCUCGGUGGAGCGGCCGGCGCUAAUGCCGGGUCACUCGACGACAUUCACAAGCUCGGCGUCGCAGUGGAGUCUGAGAUCGUUUCCAUUGCGGCAACGAUGGAUCACUGCCAUGUGCCGGGUCGCUCAGAACACGCUCGCCUCGAUGUCAACGAGGUGGAGAUCGGAACCGGGCCGCACAACGAGCCCGGGUACAAGAAGGUAACCCCGAGCCCAUCGCCUGAGGCUCUGAUCGAUCAGUUGUUGCGGUACUGCCUAGACCAGAACGAUCCAGAGAGAUCGUAUGUCAAGUUCAGCCCAAAUGACGAGACAAUCCUGCUGGUCAGCAACUUUGGCGGCAUCUCCUAUCUGGAGAUGGGCGCCCUGGUCGACGAGCUUCUUCAGCAGCUCGACGAGAAGUGGUACAUUCGCCCGUCGAGGGUAUUCUCCGGUCCCCUCGAAACUUCGCUCAACGCCCCGGCGUUCUCAGUAUCCCUCAUGAACAUCACGAAGGCAGCUGAGAAGUGCUCGUUUUCAGCAGAACAGAUCCUCAAAUUUGCUGACGUUAAGACCGACACACACUGGGAAUCCAUGGCCGGCUCACAAGCUAUCAGACGCGACCGGAAGCUACAGUUCGUAGUCUCCCCUCCAGAGAAACCCAAGGCGAUUGAGGCGAGCAGGGAUGUGAGAAUGGACCCCGCGACUCUCAAGUCCAUGCUGCGCACGGCCUGCUUGGCCGUCAUCGAGGCUGAGCCUGACUUGACGAAGUGGGACAUGGUCAUGGGAGACGGAGACUGCGGUGAGACCCUGAAGACGGGCGCGUCGCACCUCCUCGAGGCCUUGGAGCACAAGGGCAUUGCCUCCGAAGGCUCCAUCGUCUCUGUCCUCCACGAACUGGAAGACAUUGUGGAGAGCAAGAUGGGCGGCACGCUAGGCGGCAUCCUCGGCAUCUUCUUCGUCUCGCUGAGCAACUCCGUCGAGGAGAACGCGCACCUCGCAAAAUCCCAAAGCAUCCUGUCCCUCUGGACGCUGGCCCUCACAUCCGCCCUGGAGCACCUCAGCCACUACACGCCCGCCAAGGUCGGAGACCGCACGAUCCUCGACGUGCUGAUCCCCUUCGUUUCGGCCAUCAGCAACGAAGGCUUCGAACAAGCCGUCGAGGCGGCGGUUCAAGGCGCCGAGUACACAAGGAAGACAAAGGCCAAGCUUGGCCGGGCGACGUACAUCGCCGUGACGGAGAAGGAUACCACAUUCCAUCCCGACCCCGGUGCUUGGGGCGCGAUGGUCGCCAUCAAGGGCUUGCAAUCGGGCAUGGCAUGA